AUGUCGACCGCACCAGCGGAGAAGCAGCCUGAGAGCACGCAGACAUCACCGCCGCUGACUGGCGACGAGCAUGUAGACCCGGAACACAAUGCACUGACAUCCGACAAUGAGGGAUCUACCUCACGCGUCUCUCUCGAUGACCCCGUCGCAGACGACCUGCCGGAAGCCGAUCACCCCACUGUCGCCCUCCUGAUCCCGUUUCCUCCAACCCUGCGGCAGCCGUCAAAGAAGGACGACAAGGUGCCGCCGUUCAUGAUAUAUGCGCCCAUGGCCGCCCCGCUGCCGCCUCUUAAAGAGGGCGAGAAGGACAGUCUGACCAACAAGGCGAUACGCAAGUGGCAGAAAGAGGAGAAGGAGGCGCGCGAGAAGGGUACUGGUUUCAAGCAUGUCGAUGAUACGCAGCUAAUUUCCAAAGGCAUGUCAGCAACCAAGAACAGUCGUAUAGAAUUUUUGGUACGCACCCCGAACAAGAAGAAGCUGAAAGAGCUCCGCUUUGUAUAUCCACGCUCUUGGCCUGCGGAGCAUGUACGCGAGGACUUUACGCAACUGGUGAAGUCCGCAAAGAAGGGCGCGAUCAUGAACGGGAUCAUCGCAACCAGCAUGGCGCCAUUCGCACUCGCGUUUGAUACAUUGACCUUUAUCCCCGGCGUGCGUAGCCUCUCUCUCGCGCGUGUGACGUCGUUAACAUCCCUGCAGCCGUUUGAGAUCACCGCUGUGUGGUCCGCAUCAUCUUGGACCGGCGCCGCACGCGCGACGGGCAUCGCGAAUCGCGUCACGUCCUCCUCCCUGCCGAUUGCCUUCAUCCCCGAUCCUGCACUCGACAUGCUGCGCUUCCGUGUGCACGAGUUGUGCUACCGAUACGUCCGCCCAGGGACUCUGGGCCCGCCGCAGUGGAACGGCGCAGAGGGAGGCCCGGUGAAGCGGGGCCCGGACCUAGCAGGCUUGGUGCUGGAGGCACUGCGUGCGCAUGGGGAGGACAUGGAUGACCUCGAGACGGAUAGGAGGAUCGUGGCGGAGGACAUGGAGCGCUGUCUGAAGAAGGCGGCGAAGGAGUGGGUGAAGACGUGGAUAGGAUGCGCGCCGAGCAGCAAGCUUGUCGUGGCUCCGGCUGUCACUUGGAGAGCGCAUGAUGUUUACCAAGUGCAUGGCGAUGAGCUUGGAAGAACUGGCAUUCAGGGACCGCUGUCACUCGUACCGCUAGUGGCUUGCACUGCCUGUCCAUACGUCACCUCGAAGACUUUCACCGCAUUCCAGCGUGAUCAGACCGUCGCCCCUAAUGGCUGGUGGUAA